GUGUUGUAAGCUGAAACGCUGAGAGUGAACUGAGUCGCGUGUGGGUUUUUAGUUUAGGUUUCAGCGCAGCUGAAUGCCACAGAACUGUCGCGCGCUCCUUCGCAUGCGCAUAUCUUGAGAGCUGGAGUUAUAUUUUGCUGCCUCGCGACUCAUCUUCUGCUCGUUUGUUCCAUUCUCCACGUGUUUUAAGAUAAGAAACUGUUCCAUAUCGGUUAGUGACAGUUUUGGACCAGGUGACGGGAUUUUUUCCCCCUUUGUAUACUCUGGAUGUGCAUUCUGACCAACGAUGUUUCAAUGGACCUGAAUGAGGAAGGAUUCUUUUGGUCGUCAAAACAAUAAAUUGCUUGUUCGAACAAACUAAGCGAGUGUUGCCCACGGAUAAUAAGCGAAAUGAUCAUCGCCGUAAUUUACAUCGUUUUACCACUAUUUGAUGUGCUGUUAUCUGCUGAGGACUCUUUCUUUACUAGUGCAAACCGCUUGGACUGCGUUAAGGCGAACGAACUCUGUCUGAAGGAAUCGGGAUGCAGCACAAAGUAUCGAACUAUGAGGCAGUGCGUAGCGGGGAGGGAGAGCAACUUUAGUAUGGUGACUGGAAUGGAGGCGAAGGAUGAAUGUCGGAUUGCUCUGGACGCUCUAAAGCAGAGCCCCUUGUACAACUGCCGGUGUAAAAGAGGCAUGAAGAAAGAGAAGAACUGCUUGCGCAUCUACUGGGGAAUCUAUCAGCAUUUACAGGGGAAUGAUUUACUUGAGGAUUCACCAUAUGAGCCUGUGAACACCCGGCUUUCAGAUAUAUUUCGACUGGCACCCAUCUAUUCAGGUGAGCCAGCUCUGGCAAAGGAAAACAACUGCUUGAAUGCAGCAAAGGCCUGCAACUUAAACGACACCUGUAAGAAAUACCGUUCAGCUUACAUAAGCCCCUGCACAAGCCGGGUCUCAACGGCUGAAGUAUGCAACAAGCGGAAGUGCCACAAGGCCCUGCGACAGUUCUUUGACAAGGUGCCUCCCAAGCACAGCUACGGUAUGCUCUACUGCUCCUGUCCUCUAGGAGAUCAGUCCGCCUGUUCUGAGCGCAGACGCCAGACCAUCGUACCAGCCUGUUCAUAUGAGGACAAGGAAAGGCCCAACUGCCUGGCAUUGCAAGCUUCCUGCAAAACCAACUACAUCUGCAGGUCUCGCCUGGCUGAUUUUUUCACUAACUGUCAGCCGGAACCUCGCUCUCACUCAGGCUGUCUGAAGGAGAACUAUGCUGGCUGCUUGUUGUCAUACUCUGGUCUCAUUGGUACGGUUAUGACCCCAAAUUAUCUGCGUUCCCCCAAAAUCAGUGUGUCUCCAUUCUGCGACUGUAGCAACAGUGGCAACAGCAAAGAGGAAUGUGACAGAUUCACAGAGUUCUUCACUGACAAUGCCUGCCUACGUAAUGCAAUCCAAGCGUUUGGAAAUGGGACAGAUGUGAGUGUGUGGCAGCCAAUGCCCCCAGUGCAAACAACCACCUCUAUUACAACACCAUCCCAGAGGGCCAAGGAUCGAGACAGAUCACCCAAUGCUAUAGAGCCAGCAACACACAUCAACCACCUGAACCCUGGAGAUAACUCCCUCUACCAGUUCUGUGGCAGCCUCCAGGCUCAAAAGCUGAAGGCAAACAAUACAAUCGACGUGUUAUGUGUGGACCCACAGAUCAAUGACCCCAGCUCCUCCAAUGCCAUCUCCAGGAACUCCUCCAUUCGACAAGCAUCUCUAUCAGGUCUUAUCUCUCUACUGCUCCUGCUGGCUACAUACUUACACUGCAUUCUCGUGGCUGCACCGUCCCUUGCAGUGAUGUUGUAGCCAUCUAAGAACAUAAAACACAGACAGUCUCAAUUUGUACAAAGUCAGUCGCUGUUCCUGGUCAAUCUGUUGUACUCUCUCUCUUUCUUUCUCUCUCGCUGUUCUUUCUGGGUCUCUUUUUGAGAGCUUUUGUUAAUGUUGUGUUGAUUCAACAAAACAAAGUCAUCUUGGUGUACUAGACUUUCUGUCUCUUCCCUCUUGAUUUUCCAUUGGAAGAUGAAAUAUUAGAAAGACAUUUGAGGGAAAAAGGGUCUGAAUUCAUAAGGAAUCACAGUGGUAGAGAUAAAUCUAUGUAUGCAUAUGGGUUAGCCGUAGAGUGUGCACUAUCCAUUGCUCACUGGAAAACAAAUUACACAAAGACUAAGACACUAUAGAAUGUUUGUAAUUAAUGAGGUUGUGGUCACUUUCUUUUCAUCUUUUUAUUUUAUUUUAUUUUUAGUGUCUGUAGAUCCAACAUAUCAAAAAAUUCACUUUCAAAAACAUUUAAAAAAUAAAAAACAUUCCAUAGAAAGUGAGAGGAUUGUUUAGAGAGAAUAGUAAUCAAAGUCUCCAGUCAAAGCUUUAACUGGAUGAUUUGACCUACAGGAUAAUAGCCUACCUAAAGUACAUGUAGAGGCCUGUUUGAGAAUUUUGCUCUUGUCAUGGUGUGUUUGUGUAUCCCUGUUUGUAUGUCUGCUUGUUUGAAUGUGUCUGAGAGUAAGGGAUAAGGUCAUGGGUUGACUGGACAAAUAUGUCAAUGGAACUGGGGUUUCAUAACCCCCGCAUUAUGCCACAGUUUACAGUGCAAACAUGGACUGAGAGCAGAAAAAACUUUUUUUUUUACAUAAUCAGAUGAUAUUUCACUUUGUCAAAGUUCCACAUUACAAUUACAUACAUAAUGUCUCGGUUACUGUUAUAACCGCCGUUCUCUGAUGGAGGGAACGAGAUGUUGUGUCGAUGUAGUGACACUAGGGGUCACCCUUGGGAGCCCCAAAUACCUCUGAUCUUUGAGAUCAGGCCAAUGGGAAUUUGCAUGACACUCCCCCGGACAUACGCGUAUAAAUGGAGCUGGCUUGAAACAACUCAUUCAGGUAAUGUGCUGAAGAGCCGAGACAAGGUCCUGGCCAUUUCAUCAGGUAGUUCAGAGUUGUGGCAGGAGGGACACAAUAUCUCGUUCCCUCCAUCAGGGAACAGAGGUUACGACAGUAACCGAGACAGUCCCCUUCUGUCACUCACUCGAUGUUGUGUUGAUGUAGUGACACUAGGGGUCCCUAUACAAAACGUCACAACUAUCUGAACUGUGUUACUUGGACUGGUGGUACAAGAUGGGCAGACCUCUGAGUGCCUCGUAGCCAGCGCAUCCAGCCAUCGCGUAACCUCCCCCAAUGCUCUUACAGAAUCAAACGGUCCCCCACACCUCAGGGACAAGUCAACUGCCUAAAAUUAGGGACAGGCUGUCUUUUAUUCUACUCAAAAAGAAUUAAAUCGUUCAGCCAUAUAGGGUCCGCAGAGUGGGCUCGUAGCGCCAAGGGGGACGACACAUCCUGGCACAUAUGCCAUAGCGAUGGCGUCAAUGACCCAGUGGGCGAUCCUCUGUUUGGAGACAUUGCUGCCUUUCCGCUAUCCACCAAAGCAGACAAAGAGCUUCUCAGAGCUUCUAAAGCUCUACGUGUGAUUCAAAUAGAUGUGCAAAGCACGCACCGGACACAGUAACGCCAACGCUGCGCUUGCAGGUUCACCACUUGAUCCCUAAACUGUGGCACCAUGUCCAUCUCAGGACUCGAGUCUGAAGCCACUGCUGAAGCGGUCUCAUAUGCAUCAACCUGAGUGGCAUGACUGCCACUGAGGAUGCCAUAUGCCCCAGGAGCCACUGAAAUACAUUCAGUGGGACCGAUUUUUUCCGCCUGAACUCUCUCAGACAGUUCAGCACCGACUGACCAUCAAUGAGACUGAGUCUAACUCCAUGACGAGAAAAGAGAUUCUCUGAAAUGGGGAGAGUUUGUUUUUUUCCCAGUUGACCCGAAGACCCAACUGGUGCCUGAGCACCAGGUCCCUAUCGCACACAAGUGUGCUAGAAUCAGCCAGUUGAGAUAGUGAGGAUGCGAACGCCCACUUUCCUUAAUGGGGCAUGGGCUGCCUCUGCAACCUUCAUGAAGUCGCAAGGUGACAGGGACAGAAUGAAGGAGAGGACCUUUCACUGGUACGCCUGGCCCUCGAAAGCAAACCAGGGUCUGUGUCGAGGUAGAAUGGAGACGAGGAAGAACGCGUCCUUCAGGUCUACUGCCGGAUGCUCGCCAAAAUUUGUUUUUGCAUCAGCAUCUUGAGCGGGAGUCUGUGCAAGGCCUGGUUCAGAACUCUCAGGUCUAUGAUUGGCCGCAACCCAUUUUUUGGGUACGUAGGGGCUGUUAAACCCAUUCCUCAUCUCAGCUGGAGGAACAGGCUCUAUCGCAUCCUUCCGUAGAAGGGAUGCAAUCUCCCUUCCCUCCUGCAAGGUAGCGGCGUUCUCAUCUUUCACAGAAGCAGACAGCGUUGAACCAGGGUGGGCACGUAGCCGAGUCGGACGAUCCUGAUCAGCCACCACUACAGGUUGGGGAGCACGAGCCAUGCCCCCAAGCUCCAAGCGAGGGAGACCAAGGGGACAAUCGUGUCUUACGUACCAGCGGGUGGGGCCUCGCGACAGGAUAGAGCCUGAGGCGGUCGUGGCAGGGCCGUGCUGAGUCCAGGGUCAUUGAAGCACUUACCUCCCUCCUUUCACCCACUGUAGGAGGGGUCUGGGACGCACCCUGUCGUGACCGUCGUCUCGAGGGUGGGAGUGUGCCACAGCUGGGCGUGUGAGGUGCCGUACUUGCCAAAAUGAAAUGUGCCCUGCGAUCGUGAUUACGCAGCCUGUGGACACCGACUGUGUGACCCAGGAAGUGCGGAAACCGCUCUUUUCUUUAAAAUGUGGGUACCACAGCCCUUUGGGUAUGUGGCAAAAUUAUAAGAAAAGGUUAACAAGGAUUCUCCGCCCGGCCCUCCACCGGGGGAAGGAGUGGUGCUCUUACCUGUGUAGUGGGUCUCCGACUUUCUGGACUGCCCGUCUCAGGAGUGCUUUGAAGCAUUUCUUGGGUUCUCAGCGGCCAGCCGUGAGACGGGUGGCGUCUGCUUCCUGCAGGUAGCUCCACACCUGCUCGGGCGGGCUGUGGCAGAGCUGGUGUUGUCACUGCAGGGGGAUGCCCUUGGCGAUGAACAGACAGGGUGUGGGAUCUUGAGCCGUGCCGAGACAGGAUAUGUUGGAUGGCCUCCCACAUAUCCUGUCAAAAACUUUUCAGCCUGUCGCCGAAUAGGCCAACCUGGGAGAUGGGGGCAUCAAGGAAUCGUACCUUGUCAGCCUCCCUUGACUCGACCAGGCUGAGCCAAAGAUAGCGCUCCUGGACCACCAGGUUGGACAUCGACUGCCCGAGAGAACAUGCCAUGACCUUCGUCGCUGAGAGGGUGAGAUCAUUUGCCGAGCACAUCUCCUGCAUCAAUCUCGGAUUAGGACUACCUUUGUGCAGUUCUUUGAGUGCCUUGGCUUGAUGCACUUACAGGAGAACCAUGGCAUGCGGGGCAGAGGCGGCUUGUCCAGCAGCACCGUAGGCCCCAUGCGCCAAUGAAAACGUAAGCCCACAGGCCCUGGAUUGGAGCCUCAGCGGUUCCGCCAGGUGGCGUCGCUCUGCGGACACAAGUGCACCACAACCACCUGAUCCACCUGGGAAAUUAAAGAGUACCCCCUGGCCACCCCACCAUCGAGGGUAGUGAGAGCGGAGGAGCCCGCGAACCAGGUCCAGGUAGUAAAAGGUCCCCGCCACGAUCGCGUGAGCUCAUCAUGCACCUCCGGGAAGAAAUGUGCGGAGCGCGGCCGUGAGCAGUGCUCUGGCCCCAGGAUCCAAUCAUUGAGCCACGAGGGUUCGUGGGGGAGUGGAGGAUUCCACUCCAGCCCAACGCUCGCAGCCGCCCAGGCAAGCAUAGCCGCCAGCUCCAUGUCAGCCUGCAAUUGGGCUACAGCACCCAAGGAUGGGAGCCCAACUGAUUCCUCCACGUCAGACUGGGCAAGCCUGCUUUAUGAUGCUUCUAUCGACAACUCAUCCUCUUUUCGAGCUCUGAAUGAGAUUGCAAACCCGCCCUGAGACAAGCCUGCAUUCUCCUUUUACACCCCUAUGUCCAGGGGAGUGGCAUGCAAAUUCCACUCGCUAAUUCCCAUUGGCCUUUUCUCAAAGAUCAGAGGUGUUUAGGGCUCACAAGGCGACCCCCUAGUGUCACCACAUCGACACAACGUCAAGUGAGUGACAGAAGGGGAACUGUAAAUUACACAUCAUCACUCGCCAGGCUAAACCAACUAGUAUCCAUGUAUCUAUUAGUAUAUAUUCAUAUUGCCUUUAUGAUGUUGCUUGGACAGGGAUUUUCAUACUUUGGCCCAAAUGAAAUGUGCUAAAAAGUCAUAUAUGUAUUAUAUAGCCAGUCUUUUGUACUGUAUGUCUAUAUAAAAGUUACUUAAACAAUCAACAUCAGUGAUUCGUUAGCUGCAUCAUGAUUACUUAUUAACAGAGUAUUUACUCUGAUCUUUUUUCGAAGUACACAAAUUAUUUACAUAACACAUCAGUACGUGGCAUGUGAGGUUAUCCACCUCAAUGGUAUACAUUAAAUGAAUUUAUGACAUGCUGGUUUGGUUCAUGUGGCAUUUUGAACAAAAAAUGAUGCAUUGUAGUACGGCAGGUUAUUUACAGUACAAUUUAAGUGCUACAAGAAACACACGUAUACAGUAUAUGUUUAUAGAGUCUGCUACAUUUGAAUUGGGAUCUGGUUGUACAGUACAAUGUAUCAUCAUAUUGGAAGAGGAUGUAUUCCUUUUUUUCAGUAUCAAUAAAUGCAGUAUAUAUAUUUUGGUUUAGAUAUGCAAGGUUACAGUACAAAUGGAAGACUUUUAAUCUGUAAUUGUUGCUGUCUGGUAGUUUCACAAAUGAAAGAAAUCUGCAACCACCAUUUACUUGCUAUGACAUGAUGAUAUUGUUUUAAGUAAUCCAAAAAGAAAGAAAUCUCUUAUUUUUGUAUCUUUUGCAUUAUGGGUUUAUUUAUUGUAAUGUUGUCUCUCCUGCUAGAAAGAAGAACAGUAAAAGUAUAACCAUUAAAAAAACAAGCAUGAGUGAUGACACGCGCAAUAAAGGUUAUUGGACACAGUGUAUUAUUACAGAUUCUACGUGGGCAUUCUUCAGGGCAGCUUUUGGUUGACUGCUUUUGAUUUUGGGAUGCGUGGAGCAACACAAAGUUGCUGUGAAUGUGUUUGUCUGAGAUGGGAGAAGGACAGUAAGAAUCCCACAAUGUAAAAACAAUAUAUAUUUCUGUACAUACAGUAAAUUCACAUCUCAUUGCUUCAGAGCAUUUAUUCUCAAUGCAAACACAAGACUCCUCCACAAUCUGUCACAUUUCUUCUUAGCUUGUGAAAUUGUAAAAAGUAUUCUAUUAAAACAAUUAAAAAUGUUGUCUC